UAAGAGCUGGGUUGUGGCUAUUUUCCGUAGUUAGAGCCUAUCGUGGUUUUCGACUUGCGAGAUACUGGGAGUGGCUUAACUUUUGUUCUCUAAACAGGGGAUAUUUGUGUGGAAUUCUGUGGUUUAAGAAUUGGGUUGCGCUCUUUUUGAUUGUAUGAUGUCUCUGGUAGUUCGACUGCAAGUCUCUGAGUCUAAUUGCUUCCGAGUAAAGAGGGGAUAGAGCUUUCUGAUCAUCGUUCUGGUUUUCACGGCACGGGAUCUACGAUAAGCCAUUUGAAUGGAGUCCGAUGCUGCUGAACUAUUUGAAAAACUGCCAGAUCCAAGUUCAUUUAAGGUGCAUUUUUUAAUCUGCACAAGAGUUCUGAAAUUGGUUAAUAGAAUAUCAAGAAUAUUUCCAGCUAUAGCAGCAGCUUGCCCUCAAUGCUUAUCAGGAAUACAGGAACUAUCGUUGUUAAACCAUGCAAUUAAGCAAACCCAGCAACAUCUUCAGAAGUACAGCGAGUCUAGUAAAAUUUACCUGGCAGUAACAGGGGAUGCAGUAGUCUCACAAUGUCAAAGAUUAAAGAACUUGUUGGAGCAAUGUUUAGGCCAAAUUCAAACUAUGGUUCAACGUGAGUUGGCUACAGAGAUCUCUCACAUCAUGGAUUAUCAUGGGAGAGCAACGUUUUCUGUGGACUCAUCUGAAGAGGAGGCUGGUAAAGCCGUGCAAAGAUUGCUCCAGCAGGCCAAUUCUACAUCAGAUUCAAUUGAAAACUCUCAAGUUAGAUCUCUUCAAUUGGCAGCUUCAACACUUCAUAUAACAUCCCCGAAGGCUAUCUUGAUAGAGAGACAAACUAUCAACAAGCAGCUUGAUAAAGUUGGUGAUAGUGAUCCGAGAGAAACAGAGAUUUUAAGACGUCUGUUGUGUCUAUUGAACAAGUAUGGAAAUUUAAUCCUGCAAGAACAAUUGAGUAAUGACUGUGUACAGAACGAAGGAUCAUUUACAUUUGAGAAUGGCAGAAAUAAUUCUGCAUAUAGUCAGUCAGUUGAUGUGGAAUCGCAUACAGGAUGUGGGCAUCAUGAGGCUCAAGUCGAAGACAUCCUAAGAAGAGCUGUACUCCAUGAAGAACAAUUGAGUAAUGACUGUGUUCAGAAUGAAGGAGCAUUUGCAUUUGAGAAUGGCAGAAAUGAUUAUGCAUAUAGCCAGUCUGUUGAUGUUGAAUCGCGUACAGAGGAACAAUUGAGUAAUGACUGUGUUCAGAACAAAGGAGAAUUUGCAUUUGAGAAUGGCAGGAAUAAUUCUGCAUAUAGCCAGUCUGUUGAUGUGGAAUCACGUAUAGGAUGUGGGCAUCAUGAGGCUCAAGUCGACGACAUCCCAAGAAGAGCUAUACUCCCUGAGGAACAAUUGAGUAAUGACUGUGUUCAGAACGAAGGAGAAUUUGCAUUUGAGAAUGGCAGAAAUAAUUCUGCACAUAGCCAGUCUGUUGAUGUGGAAUCGCAUACAGGAUGUGGCCAUCAUGAGGCUCAAGUUGACGACAUCCUAACAAGAGCUAUAGUCCCCAAGGAACAAUUGAGUAAUGACUGUGUUCAGAACGUAGGAGAAUUCGCAUUUGAGAAGGGCAGAAAUAAUUCUGCAUAUAGCCAGUCUGUUGAUGUGGAAUCGCAUACAAGAUGUGGGCAUAAUCAGGCACAAGUCGACGGCAUCCUAAAACGUGCUAUUCUCCCUAAGGAACAAUUGAAUCAUUACUGUGUUCAGGAUGCAGUAGCAUUUGCAUUUGAAAAACUGCCAGAUCCUUCUUCCUUUAAGGUGCAUUCUUUAGUGUGUACUGAAUUACUGAAAAUUUGGUGCAUGAGGAAUGGAGUCACCAUUUCUGAGCCAACUAUAGUGGUACGUCACUUUAGGGAAACUUCCUCCAGUUCCAUUGACAGCCUUUUCAGUUCCAUUGAUAGCCUUUUCAGUUCUGAGAAUGGUCGAUGUCUCAGCAAUAUGUCGCUUGAAUCUUUAGACUCUACUUACACUUGGGAUUCAUCAAACACUGGGAUAGCAGAUGGCUUAAACUUGAUUCCUAUGCAGACAAAACAUGAGCACAAAUAUCAAUCUUAUGGAAAUAUUCAUGAGGAAGAUUUGAAAUUUCUAUCUAAACUAGCUGAACUUCAGUGGGAAUCCCAAUGCGAAGUUGUUGAAAAUGUCAAAAAGCAUCUGGAUUACAGCGAAGAAGCUUAUCAAUUUACGUCAUAUGAAAAUUUUGGUGAGCCACUUGUUAGAUUUUUGGAGGAUGCACGUGACCUGCAUGAUGUAAAAGCUCAAAAAGCUGGAUCUCAGUUGUUGUUGGCAUUUGUGACCAAAAACAGAAGUGGUAUCUCAUACUUCCGUGAAGAAACUUUUAGUCUCCUGGCCACUGUUAUCAAUUCAGAAAUAACAAAAGAAGCUCUAGAGAUAUUGGAAGUGUUGUCUGGCCAUCCAUAUUGUAGAGCUAAAAUUGAAGCAUCUGGUGCUUUGAUGUCCAUCCCGAAGAUGCUCGACUCUAAUAACAGAGAUUUCCAGGAAUUGGCCAUUAAAAUUCUGUGCAAUUUGUCCUCAAAUAGUGACAUCUGUUCCCACAUUGUAUCUUUGGAAUGCAUCCCAAAAUUGGUUCCUUUAUUAGCUGAUAGCACUCUUGCGGGCAAUUGUGCUUUUGUAUUGAAAAACUUAUGCAAUGUGGAAGAGGCUAGGGUUUCUGUUGCUGAAACUAAUGGAUGCAUUAGUUCGGUUGCUGGACUACUUUCGGCCAGCAGUCACGAGGAUCAAGAAAAUGCAGUGGCUGUUCUCCUUUCACUGUGCUCUCAACGUGUUCAGUAUUGUCAGUUGGUCAUGGAUGAGGGUGUCAUUCCUGCUCUUGUUUAUAUAUCUAUCAAUGGUAAUGACAAGGGCAGGGUAAGUGCGUUGGAAUUGCUCCGGUGCUUAAGAGAUGUCGAGUGUGAUAAUGAUCGAGAGUGCCCUGGACCUUAUAUUGAUGCCUCUAGAGACAGCACAGAUCCCUCUAAAGAAAGGAAAUCAACAAAGGCUUCUGCAUUUCGUGGAGUGAUGUCGGCGUUCACAAAAAAGAAGAAAUGAAACCUUGUCUUCAGCUCAUUUUUAACCUAGUGGUAGCUGAAGAUAUCUUAUCAUCAUAUUAUGGCAAAUGAAGUAGAAUCUGCUUUGUAAGAUUCUCUUUCUCUGCUAGCCUGUAGAAUUUUUUUUCUGUUUUUAGGGAAUGGAGCAAUGAUUUCGUCAUGUAUAGUUAGUGGGUUGAUGGGUUUUUAGGUUCUAUUAGUGAUUCUCGACAUUUAGUUUUUGUUAGUUUUAAUUAUUACUUCAUGAUGUAUUUGCUGCCAUUUUCUAGAUAAUAGCUUGUCAAGAAUAUUGUACAGAUUUGUGUUGUUCGAUUUGUUGUAUACUUAUCUUACACGCCUGAUUUGAUGCACACAUACAUUAACAAAUAAAUGAUAUUAAACA